AUGAUUCUACAAAAGGCUAUCGGGGUGCAUAAGGGUCCACCCACUCAGACCCUUUUGCAGGUUCAGGGUUUUACAAUGAAUGUAGCUAUUUUCAUUACAAAAGAAAUGACCUUGUAUAUUAUUUUAUCCAUAGGACACCUUUAUCCAGUAGAUAUUUUAGCAGGUAAUCCUGAGGUUAUCCAAGAAGCAGCUGAGGCCUACUAUGAAAAACUUUUGCAGCAAGCUUCAUCAUCUCCUGAGUUUUUUUCCAUUCCUGGUGGAGAGAAGGUUAAACUUGAAGAUUCCUGUGUGUGUUUCCUUCCUGUGUACCGAGAAGACCCAAAAUUUAAAAUUUUGGUGUUAGUAGAUCCACAGGCUAAAGAAAGAGUUUUGGCAAUUUACCUUAACCAGUCCUGGUGGCCCAUUGAAGAUAUAGUGAAGACUGCUGAUUCCUCUAGAGAAGGGCUUAUACAGGUCCAAACAUCUGGAGAAAGGAUCGUCCUCUUUGUUCUCAACUCCAUUAUUUUUGGAAUGUUAGAAAGGAGUUCAGCUAAUGAUACAUUCUUUGUAUCUCAUUCCGCCAAGGAGUCUGCCAAAAUAUUCUGGAGGAAUGGAGAUGCUGUUGCCUUUUACACAGUCAAAAUGAAAGGAAGCCUGUGUGAUGUUAACACCAGUCAAUGCUACCUGCUCCCAGUUCUGGAUACUGUAUUUGUCCGGAGAAAGUACAGAAGGUGUGGCCUAGGGAUGAAAAUUCUGCAUGAUUUCUGUCAAUCUUUUGUGACCGAAGAUGCCUUGGGGAUCAGCUGCCCUAUUUCUGCUGACAUGUACCAAGUUUGCCAGAAAUUCUUGCAGACCUAUCCAGAGGAGCAGGACCGACUGUGGGAGGUGGAAGCACCAGGGGACUGGAGCCAGCGUGUUAGUAUCUGGUUAAAGAUUCAGCUGGAACCUGCCCUUUCAGAAAAAAACACAGUUCGUCAGACUGCUUCAGAGGAGGAAGGAGGCUGUCAUGUAGAGAGAGCUCAGGAUGAUGAACCCAGACGCUUAGAUGCAGGCCAGAUGAAUGAGGGAGGCGAAUGCAUUCCUGAUAUUAGGAAAGUGCCACAAGAAGCCAGAGACGACAAAGAUAACACAGCAGGAGAAGCAAGGACAUUACACCUGCAAGUUCCCAAGGAGGAGGACUUUAGUCAAGGUACAGCUGAUACGCAGCGAAGUAAGGGAUCGAGGAAAAGAGCAAGCACGAUGGGCCUGCUUGAAGACAAGACGACUAAGCAUCUCCGAAUGAUGCCUUAA